CAGUUAUUAGGAGGUGUUAUGCAAAAACACUUUUGCACAAAAUUCGAAGACAUAUCAUCAGCUAGCCGAAGUUUUGAGAACAUUGUUCAAGACCUAGCUUUAUUUGUAAAAGAUUAUGCAACAAUCGACUGUGAAUUGAUGACAGAAAAAAAGCAGCAAGAAGUGAAAAAUGAAGAGGAAGAUUUCCAACCUCCCAAGACUACAACAUCCGAAUAUCUAAUUAGUCAAAUUCGGCUUGAUAAACCUACAGCAAAUGAAGUGAAAGAAGUAAUCCAGAAGGAAACAGACGACGAUGAACCCUUUCGUGAUGUAACACCGUGCCCGUCAGAGUAUCAAAUGACUCAGCUCAAUUAUUUUUUGUCUGGGGUACCAAUCGUACAAGCAUUCAAUGAGGCAGAAAAGAAAAAGGAUGUAAAGAAGAAAUGAGAGCUUUGAAAAUAGACUACUGUAAUAAUACCACUUCAAAAUGUAUUGCUUGAUUCAAG